GAUUCAUCGUCAAACACUCUUAGUUUAAUCACUUCACCACCAAAAAAAAAAGAAUCCAACGCGUCAACUCUCUCUCUCUCUCUCUCGCCACUUCACCGGGAAAUGGCCGCUCUCGAGCUCCAACGCACCUCCACCGCCGCAACCUCCGACCCGGAAAAACCCAUCGCCGGAAACUCCGUUGUCUCCGGCGGAGAAGAAGAAGAAGACGACGACGACGUUUCGCCGGUGGAACAAGUCCGUCUGACGGUGACGAACACCGACGACCCGACCCAACCCGUCUGGACAUUCCGGAUGUGGUUUCUGGGGCUCCUCUCAUGCGCCCUCCUCUCUUUCCUUAACCAAUUCUUCGCGUACCGGACCGAACCGCUCAUCAUUACCCAAAUCACGGUUCAGGUGGCUACUCUACCCAUGGGACACUUCUUGGCCAAGGUGCUUCCCACCACCCGGUUUACGAUACCGGGGUUCGGUUCGAACCGGUUAACGCUGAACCCGGGCCCGUUUAACAUGAAGGAGCAUGUUCUCAUCUCCAUCUUCGCCAAUGCCGGGAGUGCGUUCGGGUCCGGCUCGGCCUUUGCGGUCAGUAUCGUCACCAUCAUCAAGGCCUUUUACCGGCGAAACAUCUCUUUCCUCGCCGCUUGGCUCCUCAUCAUCACUACCCAGGUGUUGGGAUACGGGUGGGCCGGGUUGCUGAGGAAAUACGUGGUCGAACCGGCUCACAUGUGGUGGCCCAGCACUCUUGUUCAAGUUUCAUUGUUUCGGGCAUUGCAUGAGAAAGAUGAACAAAGGAUGACAAGGGCAAAGUUCUUCGUCAUCGCACUGAUCUGCAGCUUCGCUUGGUACCUCGUCCCUGGCUAUCUUUUCUCCACGCUCACGAGCAUUUCAUGGAUCUGUUGGGUAUUUCCCAAAUCGGUCACGGCUCAGCAGCUCGGCUCGGGAAUGAGAGGACUCGGGCUCGGAGCGAUAACACUCGACUGGACCGCCGUCGCAUCUUUCUUGUUCAGCCCCCUCAUCAGCCCUUUCUUCGCCAUCGCCAACGUUUUCAUAGGAUACGCUCUCAUACUAUACGUCAUCGUUCCUGUAGCCUAUUGGGGAAUGGACUCUUACCAUGCGAAACGAUUCCCCAUAUUCUCGUCCACUCUCUUCACAUCCGACGGCCAGAAAUACGACAUUCCGGCCAUGGUUAACGAGAAUUUCGAGCUCGAUCUUGUCAAGUACCAGCAACAAGGGAGGAUAAACUUGAGCCUGUUCUUCUCUCUGACUUACGGGUUUGGUUUCGCCACCAUUGCGUCUACUCUCACGCACGUAGCUUUCUUCUAUGGAAGGGAGAUAUACGAGAGAUUCCGGGCUUCGUACAAGAGCAAGGAAGAUGUCCAUACAAGACUCAUGAGGAGAUACAAGGACAUACCUUCGUGGUGGUUUCACUCCAUGCUAGGUCUAACACUUCUGGUUUCGUUAGCGUUGUGUAUUUUCUUGAACGAUCAGGUCCAGAUGCCUUGGUGGGGUCUGAUCUUUGCUAGCGCCAUGGCUUUCGUCUUCACCCUUCCUAUCAGCAUCAUAACUGCAACAACGAACCAGACACCGGGGCUGAACAUAAUCACCGAGUAUGCGAUGGGUAUUAUAUACCCGGGAAGACCCAUUGCAAAUGUUUGUUUCAAGAUUUAUGGAUACACGAGCAUGGCUCAAGCUGUUUCUUUCCUCAACGAUUUCAAGCUAGGGCAUUACAUGAAGAUCCCUCCUCGAUCCAUGUUCUUAGUUCAGUUCAUCGGAACAAUUCUCGCCGGAACUGUAAACCUAUCAGUUGCAUGGUGGCAGUUGAGCUCUAUCGAGAACAUAUGCCAAGAAGAUCUCCUCCCUCCGGACAGUCCUUGGACAUGUCCAGGCGACCGCGUCUUCUUCGACGCGUCCGUGAUAUGGGGACUGGUCGGACCCAAACGGAUCUUCGGAUCUCAAGGGAAUUACGCAGCCAUGAACUGGUUCUUUGUCGGAGGUGCAUUAGGACCCAUCAUCGUCUGGAUGUUACACAAAUCAUUCCCAAACCAAUCAUGGAUUCCACUCAUCAACCUCCCAGUUCUUCUCGGAGCAACCAGCAUGAUGCCACCUGCAACUGCGGUGAACUACAACUCGUGGAUUCUGGUGGGCACCGUGUUCAAUUUCUUCGUCUUCCGCUACAGGAAACAGUGGUGGCAGAGGUAUAACUACGUUCUGUCAGCUGCCCUCGACGCGGGAGUUGCGUUCAUGGCGGUCUUGUUGUAUUUCACGCUGGGAAUGGAGGGCAUUAGGUUGAGUUGGUGGGGAACUGACGGUGAACACUGUAACCUAGCCAAGUGUCCGACCGCAGAAGGCAUAUCAGUGGAUGGUUGUCCAGUCGUAUGAUACUAUUGGGUGGUGUUUAUAUAUAUAAAAAAAGCGAAAUUAAAGGUUCAAUCUUUCGCAAAAAAAAAAGUCAGAUUUCUUGCGUUUGGAAUUGUAAAAAGAUUCGUGGUCUUAUUCAACAAGAUUGGAUAAAAUGUUUAGAUUUUGAAGAUAA